GAGUCACCGAGCCCAUUCUUCCUGGGUAUCACGUGCAACCCCCCCUCUUGCUGUGCAGGAAUGGUUUAGCCCGUUACCGAGCAGGCAGCGAGGGAGCAGAGGAGUGGAGAGGGGGGGAGAGAACCACACAAAGAAAGCGAGCGGUCCUGAGGAGGACGUGAGCGGUGGUCCGACCGUAGAGACACACACAUGGAAGAAUAAAAGAUCCUGGAGAGCAGACAUCGUGUGUGUGUGUGCGUGUGUGUGUGUGUGUGGGUGGGCGUGUGUGUGUGUGUGUGUGUGUGUGUGUGUUGUGUGUUGACUGAAGCCGGAACACGGGGAGCUGAGCGGACGGAGCCGAGGGGAGCGAUCAAGUGAUUCGCACUGGGUUUGGUUCACACUGAGGACUUUCAUCAGGUCGCUCUCGGUUCGGGAGCGAUGGACCGGGAAGGUUCCUCCUCACAGCGUGGAGGAGGUGAAUAACAAUCUGCUCAAAACGGAUGUAUUCUGAGAGCGAGACAACCGAGAAACCACUAAAACGUCCAUGAUAAGUUUGGGAGGCGGUCCCGUCUCAGUGGUCCUGUCCCCCUGAUCCGGACCAGCCCGUCUCGACCAGACACCAAAUCUCUCUGUGACGUCACCGUCCCCCCCCUCACCCACCAUGACACUGACCAGCCAGCUGUUGCCCUUCAAGCUGGACCCCCCCGGCCUGCUGGGGGAGGCGGAGGCGGGGCUGAGGUGCGAGCAGGAGAUCGAGCGGCACUACCAGAUUGUGCCGUCGGUGGUGUGCUCCAUGUGCUGCCUCUUCGGCGUCAUCUACUGCUUCUUCGGCUACCGCUGCUUCAAGGCGGUGAUGUUCCUGACGGGACUGAUGUUCGGCUCGGUGGUGAUCUUCAUGCUGUGCUACAAGGAGCGUGUGAUGGACACUCAGCUGAGCGUGGAGGCCUCGGUGGGCAUCGGCCUGGGCAUCGGCACGCUGUGCGGCCUGGUCACCAUGCUGGUGCGCAGUGUGGGGCUGUUCAUGGUGGGCCUGCUGCUGGGGCUACUGAUGGGCGUGGUUUCCCUGGUGGUGAUGGAGGAGUUCUACCACCCCCAGACGGUGUGGGUGCCCCUGGGGGUCCUGCUGGGCUCCGGGACCCUGUUCGCCGUGCUGACCCUGCAGUGGCAGCGCUGCUUCGUCACGCUGUCCACCGCUACCUUCGGGGCGGCCGUCAUCACCGUCACCGUGGACUACUUCAUCGAGCUGUUCGCCCUGGUUUACUACAUCUAUGAAAGGCUCAAGAUCAUUACCAAAGCUAUCAAUGAUCAGGUGGCGCCAAAGAGGCCCGUGUGUUGGUUCACCUGGGUCAUCCUGGGGGUGUGGCCUGUGCUGGCCCUCCUGGGUGUGCUCAUCCAAUGGAAAGUCACCGCCGAGGGAUACUCCCACACAGAGCUGGUCCUGAGCAGGCAGCAGCGCCGGGUGCAGUUGAUGCGUAUCCACCAGCGGGAGGAGCGAGUGAAGAAGGAGAAGGAGAGCAAGAAGAAGAAGAAGAAGCAGGGCCAGAAGCCCAGCCUCAAGGCGGGCCAGAAGAGCCAGUCCCUGCACCACCACCACCACCACCACCACAGCAGCAGCGGCGGAGGCGGCGGCAGCAGCAGCAGUGGCAGCCACCAGCAGUACCACCACCCGUCAGCGUCCCACCCCCACCACCAGACCCAGGGCUCCCACUCCACCAAGGCCCCCCCGCCCCAGACCGAGCCCGGGUACCACCGCAAGACCAACCCUGUGCGGCGAUUCGACGGGGACGUGCUGUCGCCGAGCUAUAUCCGGAGCUUCAGGGACAGACAGACGGAUAGACGGGCCUACUCCCACACCAGGAUCAGCCGCUCCCGCAUGGCGGAGCUCGACUACGACUGUGGCUCCCAGGUGCCCCUCACGGCCCCUAGCGGGCCCCCAGUAUGCGUCUGACAGCCGCUUCGCUCACACACACACACUCACACACACACACACACACACACACACACACACACACACACACACACACACACACACACACACACACACACACACACACACACAUACACACACACACACACACACACACACACACACACACACACACCUACACACACAUUACACCCAAAGAUACACCCGUACAUCACAUCGCAGACAUGCACACCCACCACAGGGCGGAGAUCCGGACUGGACGGUUAAGGCCAAUGGCGGUGUGUUGGUUGGUAUUAGGGGCAUGGUCUCCUGCUCUGGGCCCAGGUCAGGCUGAGGUCUGCUCCACUGGGGGAUCACACAGGGGACGGCGUGGCGCGGGUGGGGUCAUUCGGAGGGGAUCAGAGCAUCCCUGUGGCAAUGUGUUAACCUUGAGUCCCACUGGACACGCCCAGAACCAUUGCCUACGAGGAGGACUGCUGAUCAUACUGGGGCUGUAGGGUUUGGAUCCCCUCCCUUGAUGAGGCCUGACUUCCCCUGACCAAAGGAUUGGCUGAUAGAGCACUAUCAGACACUUUCCCUCACACAUACCGGGAGUCACCAUCGGGAGUAUGUCACUAUGGUAACUAGGGUUCGAAGUGGGUGUUACACGCACAGCCGUCUCCCACAGUAGUAACGGAAUCUGCUGCCAUUUUGACUCCAGACGGGGGUUUGGUUGUUAUAUAUGUUGAACAGCGGUUUGUUUCUAAAGCUGUGUGUAUAGUUUGGUUCCUCAACGUACCAUACUGGAGUACUUCCUUGCUUGUGAAUACUCAUAGGUACUUGUAAUACUCCUCAUCGUCAUGUGUAGAAGAGAAAAGUAGGCAAGGUGUGAGCACAACUUUCAGCCUUUUUCAGCCAACGCCGCACUUUUAGACGUUAAGAGUUCACAGAUGGGCCUCACAAAAAGCCUCUUUAGAAGAUAAUUAAUUGUAUCGAGGUUCAUCCCUCAUGACAAAGCCGUUAAGGUGCUCAGACGAAGGUGCGCUACAACUGUAAAACGCUGCCUGCGCAAAAAAGGGGUUUGACAAAACAGCUCUGUUUUUCUCUUUUUCCACUGUCUCCCAUGUAAAAUCAGGUGUUUUUCACGUCCUCCUGUGUGUGUGUGUGUGUGUGUGUGUGUGUGUGUGUGUGUGUGUGUGUGUGUGUGUGUGUGUGUGUGUGUGUGUGUGUGUGUGUGUGUGUGUGUGUGUGUGUGUGUGUGUGUGUGUGUGUGAGAGUGUCUGUGUGUGUGUGUGUGCAUGUGUGUGCAUGUGUGUGUGCCUGCGCGUGUUUGUGUGUGCAGGGGAGAUGAUCCCAGGCUCUCCUGAGCUAUAUUGAUCUACAUCGAUGUGCUGUCUAUGUUUCCGUUGUUUUGAUCCCAGAUAACUUCUCUUUCCUCAGUCUUUUUCAAUCCACCUGGUCCGUCAGUGAUGCGUCCAUAGAAAACACAUUUCAAAUCGGGCCCUGUUUGUUUAUUUCUGUUCCAAGUUGUUGUGCUUUAUAUCUGUUAAAGUUUCACAUGAAAAUGUCCCUCAUAUAUUGUCUGCUGCAGAAAAAGGGAUUCUGUCUUGACCCAAAUAACAAGAGGGUUUAAAGAAUUCAUCAUUUAUUUACACUUUUAAUCACUCUCAGAUACACUGUGCUGUAUCUGGUGGCCUCCCUUCUAUGGUGGUUGCUAUAUGUUCGCACCAUGAAGGGAAUAGAAAGUGACAUUUCAAAUGGUCUUUGUGUGUAGACACAUGGACUGCCCCCAGGCAAAACACCGGACUGUACCAUAAAACAGGGAGGAGGAGGGGUUUUAGAGAGUCUACUGAAUGCAGGGAAUAUCUAGGAAAUGAUUAUGUUCAUGAUUUGUUGUUUCUGUGGUCUUAUUUGCUGACCAUGUGAAAUGUUGGACUCUGUCUAAACAGUCAUCUGGAUGUUUAGAUGGGUAAACGGGGACACCUCGUCUGCCUUUGUAAACGGCACCCUCUAAUAUUUCCUACCGUCUGUCUUCUGCAUGUGUGUGUGUGUUUCCCUGUGUGUCACUGUAAAGCUCUCUUGCCCUCAGUCUCUACCUAUCUUCCUCACUCUCAUAUCAACUUCCUCUCUCUCUGCCAUGACUCUCUCUCCCUGUACGUGAAUGUUUGUGCCUGUGCGUGUUGGCGUGUGUCUGUGUGCGACGUAUCUGUUUGUGUCGGUCAGCUCUCCCCUCAGUGUGCUGCUCCCAGAUAUGUUUCGUGGUCACACUGUGAGCUCCAGAGAUACAGUAAAAGCUGACAUUGGUUCAGUGCAGCUCCCCUCUCACCUACCACCACACGAUGCAUUCACAAUGCAUCCAUUUCAGGGGUUCAAGUCCAUGUGCAAAGCGUACUUUGCACAUGGACUGUGAGUACUGUGAAUGAGAAGACAAAUAAAUGGUGUAUAAUAAACUGUGAAAUAUGAAAUACAAUGUACUGAAUCCCAUACCCAAGUCAGGCUAAAUAAUCCUAAACAAAGUAUGCAUGUGCAUAGAGUGCACGUGGCUGUCGGAUAUACUGCACGCUGAGCGGGGGCCUGGGGGGUCCUGGAGGCUCCUGGGGGCCAGUGUUUGAUGGCGACGCUCACUCGGAGAGAGGUAGAUUCACUCACAUAAGGACACUUGUUCGUACUGCAGCUGCCAGUACAGGAGGCUGGGGUUCUCCAGACCCAGAACCCAUCCUGCCUUCACUGUCCGUACAUUGAACCCUUCCACAGGGGCGUCACCCGAGGGCCAACCAGCUGUCUACCUUAUUCUCAUUAAGGGUCUGCUGCCUUUAUGGAGCACAAGACCUAGUGAAGGUAGGUCCACUACCCUGUCCUAGCACAUGAAGCGGCAGACCUCUGUAUUAUGUGGACAGCUGGGUGUGUCCUGGGAUGACUUUGUUAAACAGUCGGUUGUUUUGCAUGCAAAUGUUGUGUGUUUGUCCUUUUGGUUGUUCUUUCUAUGUGAAUCAUUUUCGAUACAAUGUUGGAUACUUGAAUACUUACAAUGCGGGACACACAAAAUAGAAAUGUUACUGUGUUGUUUCAUGGUUCUAACGUGUGCAAAACGCAAACACACUCAGAUUUAAUGAUGAUGCAACUAUGGGAUGUAAUGUGGCCAUGUUCGAGUGUGGGCCGUAAACGUGUGGGUACAUUGGAGUCAUUUGACAACCUCUCAGUGAUCCUACCAUGCAAAUGUAUGCUGAACUUAAACUAAGCAGACUUUACUCUUCUCUCCUCUCCUCAUCCCUUGUUUCCUCUCCUCCCUCGUCACCUAUCCUCCCCAGCCUGCUCCUCUCCUGUCUCACUCGCCCCUCUCUCUGGUCUGUGUGUGUCUGUGUGUGUGUGUGUGUUUGUUGUCUGACGAAAGGGUUUUUGAGAAGUCAGGUGACCCAUUGUUUUCUACUUGUCAUGUGACUUCUCCCUUUUUUCUGAACCAGUGUUUCCGCUAUCAAAACAAAGUUGUGGCUCCUUGUCUGCUAACGUUUGUCUUCUUCACAUCUCAACUGCACUGUGCUUGUAGCAGAAAAUAACUCAAGAAAAGUCUAGCGUUUAUUAUAUUGGAACUAGACAGGCUAGAAGUGCUCACUAAAUGCGGAGCCUUUGGGCCUCAAUAGUCUUUGGUUUGAACGCUGGGAUAGAGUGAAUAAUAACUUGAAAGGGACCAAUGGAUAAAUCAUUUUUGAAUUAUAAUUAUUUGUAUUAUAAUUAUGUGUCUGUGUCUCACCACUGUUGGAUGAAUGUAGGAAACACUGCUGUGUAUAAACCGCUGUAUAUAUAAAACAAUGUACAUAUAUAUGUUCUGCUUAUUGUCUUUUUCUUUUCCUUAUUGUAAUUAUGAGUUUGUUUCAUGUGUUUUCCCUUUUAAGUUAUUUUCUAAGGGAGUACACAAAGUAAACCUUUUUUAUCUAAUUCGUUACAGUAAGACUACUGUAAACCAAUCACAUAAGGCUGAUGCAGGUGUGAAAUAAACAUUUGGUGAGGUGGAUUCUGGGUAGAACAACAGGAUAAGCUAAUUGGAUUGUUCAAAAGGAGAGCCUAUUAUUAUUAUUAUGAUUAUUGUUGAGCAUGUAUUUAUAUGGACCUGGAUAUAAUAAACAUUGUGAUUCCAAAUCAUA